UAUUUAAAUCUCGCGCAUAAAUUGCGUGCUGCCUCGAUUCGGAAGGAUAGAGAAUCAGGAUCAAUAGUGUGGAAUGGAGUUUAGUAGUCAGUGAAAAUAUAAAAACUGUGCGUAUGUAAAAUUUUUCACAAGGAUUCGUAUAAAAUGGAUUUUAAUGUUAAAAAAUUAGUCAAAGAUGCUGGUGUAGCCCUUAGCAGGGUUGUUCAGCUCACUGAAGAAACUUUAGGAACAUCGGAGAAAACAGAGCUUGAUGCCCACUUUGAACAUUUAGCAGAUCGAGCAAAUGCAACAAAAUCUUGGACAGAAAAAGUUCUACGGAAUAUGGAAGCUAUGUUAACACCAAAUCCUGGAAAUAGAAUUGAAGAUUUCUUUUAUGAAAAAAUUGAUAAAAAGAAACCUAAUAGGCUUAGUAAUUUAGAAUAUGUUGGUAUAGAUAUGAUUGAAGCUGGUAAUGAUUUUGGACCAGGGAUUGCUUAUGGAAGUGCUUUAAUUAAAGUUGGUCAUUGCCAACAGAAAUUGGGACAAAUAGAGAGAGAUUUUAUUGGAACAGCAGCUAAUUGUUAUAUACAACCAUUACGGAAAUUUUUAGAUGGAGAAAUGAAGACAAUUAGUAAAGAAAUGUCUAUUUUGGAAAUUAAAAGAUUGGAUUUGGAUUCUUGUAAGAAACGUGUAAGAAAGGCAAGAAGUAUGUUAGGUCAACAAAGUGAAAGCGGUAUUUCUCCUGAAGUAAUACUUGAUCAGGCAGAGAGGGAGCUUAGAGUAGCACAAUCAGAAUUUGAUCGACAAGCAGAAAUUACUAAACUAUUGUUAGAAGGAGUGUCAAGUUCACAAGCUGGUCAUCUUCGUUGUUUACAUGAAUUUGUAGAGGCUCAAACUCGUCAUUAUGCACAGUGUCAUGCAGCAAUGCAAGAAUUACAACGAGAACUAGCAGGUGUGUCUGGGAGUUCAUUUCAUCCUACCACAUCAAUAAAUUCCAAUCAGCUCAUGGAAAAUGGUCAGCAGCAAGCUAGAGUGGUAUUCGACUAUAAAGCAAAAAAUGGAGAUGAACUAAGUGUUUUGCAGGAUGAGGUCAUUCGCAUAACUAAAAUUCCAGAAGAUGAUGAUUUCAUACUAGGUUUUCAAGGCAAUCAAUGUGGAAGAGUUCCUAAAGCUUUUUUAGAGAUCCUUUCAUAUAAAUAACG